AUGGAACCAUACCACCUGCAGAUGGAGCUACCUACCUAUGAUGGCUUCCACUGCUACCACGGCUACUCCAUUUCUUUCUCAUCCAAUACACACUACACGCAUCAUCAGCCUGCUUCUCAAGCUGAAGCUCAAGUUAAUGCUGACACGGGGUUCGACUACCAGCUGUCCUCCUUCUCGUUCCCCAUGGAAGCCACCUCCACCUUCUUCACUACACCUCCCGCGGCCUCAGCCUGGGAGGAGAUCGUGACGGUGCCUGUCGUGUCGCCGUCGCUGUUACCGCAGGGGAGCUCCAGUAGUUCACGUGAUGCGCCGGACUCGCCGCUCAUUGGGGUGCGGAAGCGGCCGUGGGGCAAGUACGCGGCGGAGAUCCGGGAUUCCACCCGUAAUGGCGCCCGAGUUUGGCUUGGUACCUUCGACACCCCACAGGCCGCCGCACUCGCCUACGACCAGGCCGCCUUCUCCGUGCGCGGCCCGGCCGCCGUGCUCAACUUCCCGGUGAAGCUCGUGCAGGAGUCGCUGCGCACGCUGGACAUCGGCUGCGCCGCCGCGGGGGACUCGCCUGCUCUCGCGCUCAAGCGGCGGCACUGCAUCCGAAAGAGAAGACCCAACAAAAAGAGGAUGUCCAGAGCCACGGCGACGGCAGCAGAGGCGACGAGGCAGGAGGCAGCCGCUGCAUCGUCGUUGUCAACGUGCGUGUUGGAGCUGGAGGACCUUGGAGCGGACUACCUCGACGAGCUGCUCGCCUUGUCCGAGCUGUGA